AGAUGGGAGACGAACUUCCUUUCUGGGUAUCGAGCUACCCCAUGCGAUGGAACUUUUUUUUUCUUGCGCGGGCAUAUAUGGACUCGAUGUUGGGUUCGUGGAAUUGUUUUGAUUGUCUGUCCUUGUCUUUGUCUUUGCUAAGGUUGUUUUGUGGUAUUUUGUGUGUGCAAUUUGAGUAUUGAUUGCUGUGAGAUAUGCGUCUUCAUACUCUAUUAUGUCUGGCAUUGCCAGUGGUCUCAGCGAUACCAACAGCUGAUAAUAGUCAAGCAGCCUUCUUCUACCGCGGCCAUGACCUCAGUUCCCUCCUAACGUUAGAAGAAGGCGGAGCCACCUACAAAGACACGGAACGAAACAACGAGACUCGUCCCGCGGAAGCCAUCCUAGGAGAUGGAGGCAUGAAUUCCGUGCGUCUUCGCAUCUGGGUCAAUCCUGUUGGCGGCACGAAUGGUCUGGAGUAUACCCUUGAUCUGGCGAAGCGAUUUCAGAGCGAGGGGUAUAAGAUAUAUCUGGAUUUUCAUUUCUCUGAUUCGUGGGCGGAUCCGAAUAAACAACCGCCGCCUGCUGCUUGGCCGACGACUUUGGAACCUCUUGCCGCAACUCUUCGCACCUACGUCAAAGACACACUUGUAUCCUUCAAAGAAGCUGGUAUCACUCUCGACAUUGUAGCUUUGGGUAAUGAGAUUCGUCAUGGAAUUCUUUGGCCGUUGGGCUAUGCGGACGUAGACGUGGAACCGUGGCCGAAGACUGUUGCUAAUUUCUCCAACCUCGCGUAUCUCUGGAAAUCGGCGAGAGCAGGCGUGGAUGAUGCUAUCUAUGCUGGCGUCCCGAAACCUCAAGUGAUGAUUCAUAUCGAUGAUGGGUGGAAUUUGACGUUGCAGCAAAGAUGGUUUGGUGCUAUGAUUGAGAACGGAGUUCCGACUACUGCUUGGGAUGUUUUUGGGUUCUCGUUCUACCCAUUCUAUGGAACUGCAGCCACAUUCGACAACCUCCGAACAACACUCAACACCCUUGCAUUAGAAUACCGCAAACCGCUCCAAGUCGUCGAGACAGAUUAUCCCGCCAUCUGCAACGGAGAAUACAACCCCAUCCCCGAGUCCUCGGAACCCGAGAUCCCGUACAGCGUUCCAGGACAGCUAGAAUGGACCGAGGAUGUUAUAAGUAUUGUCAAGCAAGUUCCAUUUGGUCUCGGACAAGGAGUUCACUAUUGGGAGCCUGCGUGGCUUAACAAUACAUCGUUGGGGAGUGAUUGCAAUGAUGCGAUUUUGUUCGAUGCUGAUUAUAGUAAUUGGCCUCAGACGAUUGGGUAUUCGAGGAAAUCUGUGAACUUGUUUAAGUGA